AGCUGAACCAGACGGAGGUUCGAUUGCCGCACCACCACCGCCGGCGGCCCAAACUCAGAUCCGUUCACCUUCUUCGUCGCUCCGGAGAUCUCCCAAACCCUAGUCCGCCAUAACCAGCCCCCAAUCACAGAUCCGCGCUUUCAUCGCCGAUUAUCCGAGCUCACUCAUCUGAGCUAUGGAUAAGGACAAGUCUCCUGCGCAUGGUGGAGGUUUACCACCGCCCUCAGGGAGGUACUCUAGUCUUUUGCCUACUGGAACUACUUACAAUGCGAAAUCUGAACCCUCUUCAUCGUCGUCAUUUCCACCAUUGGCCUCUGGUGCUACUGCAGAGCCAGGUCAUUUUGGUCACGGAAUGUCCAGUGAAUCUAAUCACUUUAGUCAUGAUAUUAGCCGAAUGCCAGAUUACCCACCAAGGAAAUUGGGUCAUAGACGUGCCCAUUCGGAAAUCGUGACCCUUCCGGAUGAUAUUAGCUUUGAUAGUGACCUUGGUGUUGUGGGUGGUGCCGAUGGUCCUUCAUUUUCAGAUGAGACAGAGGAAGACUUGUUGUCUAUGUACCUUGAUAUGGACAAAUUCAAUUCUUCAUCUGCUACAUCAUCAUCCUUUCAAGUGGGUGAACCAUCAGCUUCUGCUCCACAAGCUGCUCCAGCAUUUGCACCAGCAACAAGAGCGCUCACUACAGACAAUAUCAGCAUCUGUACUCAUGAGAGACCCAGAGUUCGGCACCAACAUAGCCAAUCAAUGGAUGGAUCAACAACUAUCAAACCGGAGAUGCUGGUGGCGAGUUCAGAAGAGAUGUCUGCAGUUGAUUCCAAGAAAGCUUUGUCAGCUACCAAGCUCGCGGAACUUGCUCUAGUCGAUCCAAAACGUGCAAAGAGGAUCUGGGCAAAUAGGCAGUCAGCUGCAAGAUCAAAGGAAAGGAAGAUGCGGUACAUUGCAGAGCUUGAACAGAAAGUUCAGACCUUGCAAACAGAAGCAACGUCGUUGUCUGCUCAAUUAACUCUCCUGCAGAGAGAUACAAAUGGUCUGACCAAUGAAAACAGUGAACUGAAAUUGCGCUUGCAAACGAUGGAGCAACAGGUUCACUUACAAGAUGCACUUAAUGACGCGCUGAAAGAGGAAAUUCAGCAUCUGAAAGUUCUGACUGGCCAAGCUAUGCCAAAUGGUGGACCUAUGAUGAACUUCGCUUCUUUUGGUGCUGGUGCUGCUCCUGCUCCUGGUCAGCAGUUUUAUCCAAACAAUCAAGCUAUGCACACUCUUCUGACUGCACAGCAGUUUCAACAGCUCCAGAUACAUUCUCAGAAGCAGCAACAUCAGUUUCAGCAACAUCAACUGCAUCAACUUCAGCAACAACACAUGCAGCAGCAACAGCAGCAACUACACCAUCAACAGCAGCAGCAACAACAACAGCAACAAGAACUAAGUGGUGACAUGCAAAUAGGAGCAACCAUGCAUUCUCCAAGCCAAAAAGAUAAUGCACCAGAGGUCAACCAAGCAGUAGCGAAGGAUUGUUGAGAGAAAUUUUCCUGCUGGUCAGAAGUAGUGGGGUCAGUUCUGUCUCCUCUCUUGUUUCAAUUUCUGGUUUAUUUGUCUUCUACAGAAAACUUCUUCUCGGUUAGAUUAUGGGUUAUAUAUUUCAUACAGUAUAGUUUUAGUGCUGGACCCUAUCGUUUUGUUCUUGGCGAUGAUGAAUUUAGAUUAUGCAGGUUUGUUUCUAGGUUAUCUAUCCAUGCCCCAACCUUCUUUUCUUAAUAUUGUCGAAAAAA